UCCGCUUUAUUAGAAAAUAUCACUGAUCACUAGAUAUGAACUCGUAUUGGAAAUGGUUUUAUUUUUGUACGGUUGUUGUACUUUCAACAGAAGCAUGUAAUCGCAAACCACAAGGUGCUAACGGGGAACGAACGCCGGCGGAUGAUAGAUUCCAAAUACUAAUCGAUGGUAAUCCCACAACUUAUAUACCAGGUCAACAAUAUAAUGUUUCCAUAUCAGCUGCGGGAAAACACAAAUUCACAAGUUUCACUUUAGUUGUGGAGAGUGAAAGUUUAAACAGUGAUAUGUUUGGACAUUUUGAAAUUGUUGACUCAGCAGACACGAAAUUUAGUAUGGGUUGCCAAAAUUUGGUUGAGAAUACAAAUUCAAAUGCAAAAUCACAUAUCGUAGUAGCAUGGAUUGCACCUACCAAUCCAAACAGUAGCUGUGUACUAAUCAAAGCAGGUGUAUUACAGCAUCGAAAUGUUUGGUUUGUGGAUGAUGGUUUUUUAACGAAACGCAUUUGUCCUGAAGAAAUUGAUGAAGUCAAUAGUCAAACACCACCGGUAAAUCCUUGUUGUGCUUGUGAUGAAGCUAGAUAUGAAAUAAUUAUUGAACGUAAAUGGACACGAAACACACACGCUAAAGAUUUUCCUGCCGAAACAUGGCGUACACGUUUUAGUACAGUUAUUGGUGCAUCACACACAUUUGAAUAUCGAUUUUGGGAGUAUGGCACUAGAGCUACUCCAGGACUUCGGGAAUUGGCAGAACAUGGUGCAACGCAGGCUCUCGAAGACGAAAUUAAAGAAAAUAUAAGCAAUGAAAAUAUACGUACCAUUAUUAAAGCUCCCGGUAUUAACUAUCACGUAAAUAUCGUAGGCACGACUAUAGCUAAUGUGCGUAUGGAUGCGAAACAUCAUUUGAUAUCAUUGGUAACUAAAAUUAUACCAUCGCCGGAUUGGAUUUUGGGUAUUUCGGGUUUAGAAUUAUGUUUAAUAAAUUGUACUUGGGUUGAGCGUAAAACACUUAACUUAUAUCCGUGGGAUAUAGGCACUGAUGCUGGACCUUCAUACAUGUCUCCUGAUCAACCUCAAGUACCAGCUGAUGUUACGCGACGUAUAACUUCAACUUUUCCAAGUGAUGAACGAUCUCCUUUUUAUGAUGAUUUGGGAAUUCCAAUGAAACCUUUAGCUACGUUACAUGUCAUAAGAAAGCGCAUUUAUGAACGAAAUUGUGAUACAGAAGAAGACACAAGUUUAGAAUGUGUUACACAUCCAUGGAAUAAUUGGAGUAAUUGCAGUUCCAGAUGUGGUAGUGGCACACAAAAUCGUACCAGAUUUUAUAAAGACCAUAGAUUAGCAGAACGUUUUAAUUGCAAUGUUGAACUCAACCAAACACAAGACUGCGUUGGAGAGCAGUGUGGUGACGUUACUGACGACCAGUUUACGGAAGACUCAAAUGCUGAAUGCGAGCUAACUUCAUGGAGUUAUUGGUCGGGUUGCUCAAAAAGUUGCGGAAAAGGAAUUUCAACGCGAACAAGAGAUUACAUAAAUUCCUUCGCCAGAGAGAAAUGUCAAAAUAACAGUCCGGUAAAACUGAAACAAGUUAGGGAUUGUGAAGAGAACUUAUGCGGUGGCAGCUUAACAGCUAAAACCCAAAGCAAUAUGAAUUCUAACAUUGAUGAAUAUGAUUCCACAGAAGACAAUUCUUAUGGAGAAAAAUAUAAUCGGUUUUCGAAAAACAAACAAACUAGCAAUAUAAAUACUGGCUAUGACAGAAAGACAACAAACCGUGGUAGAGCUUAUGAACGCAACCGAUUAGAAAAUGAUCGUGUAAAAGAGGACUUUGCUGAAAAAGAGAAUACAUAUGAAAAUGAUCGCCUUGUUGGAAAUGUUGAAAGACCAAAUUUAUUUAAUCGUGAACCUUACAGUGAAAAUCAAAAUGAAAAUACGAAUAAGAUGUAUAAUCGCAAAUAUUUUGAUGAGAUAGAACAGAAUAAAAAGAAUAGAUAUGAAAAUUAUAAUGUUCCCAGAUACAAUAAUCAACCAUACCAAAACGUUGUACAAAAUCGAAAUCAACAAAAUCGUAACAAUGAAGACAACUUUGACAACGAGCGUAAACAUGGAAUAGAUCGGACAGUAAGUGGAUCGGACGUAAAUGAAUACAUGGUUGUGCAAGAAUACUGCUUGGAAAAACCAACACCUUAUUGCAAAGAGUGUAAAAAAAGUAAAGUAAUCGUAAGUAACUAUUGGUUCUAUGAUGCUGAAGAUCGUCAAUGCAAACUUUUCACUGCUGAUAAUUGUGAUGAGAACAAAAAUAAAUUUCGUACUUUAGAAUCUUGCGAGGCAACAUGUAAUACGCCGAUAGAAAAUUUCGAGGAAUCGCAACAAGAAGAACAAAACAGUAACAGUUGGAACUCUAAUGGUAGGCAGUGGUAAACAGUCAAUAUGUGUAUUGUUUUAAUAAUACAAUCGACAUUCACAAAAUUAGCUUAUAUAUGUAAGAUGUAAUUCAUAAAGAUUUGUUCAAAAUAUAUUACA